UCAAAUCGUCAUAAGAUACCGUGCUGUAGGUAUACAUAUAUUUAUUCCUCUUGGCUACUGCACCAUCGGCAGCCGUGCCCAGCGCAUUCACAUCCAUUGCAGUGCCAGAAUGAUAUCUCUAUCAGCCAUCCUUCGUCCGUCUUUCUGCCUCCCGCUCAUCACUCGUCGAGCCCUCCACACCUCCACCUACCAUCUACAGAACAAGGCUGUUCAACCUCAAACACCAGCCACUGGGAAUGUAGAUCUUGGUGCACCCGUUACCUAUAUAUCAAAAAGUCAUGAUCCGUGGUUUAACCUGUCAUACGAAGACUGGCUGCUUCGAAACACACCGCAUGAUCAGCCAGUUUUAUUCUUAUAUCGCAACUUUCCAUGUGUAGUUAUAGGGCGCAAUCAAAAUCCCUGGAAAGAGACGACUCCCAAGAAGCUGAGAGAAGAGUCAAUUCCACUUGUACGGAGACGUUCGGGAGGCGGCACAGUAUACCAUGAUAUGGGCAACACGAACUUUUCCAUCAUCCUCCCUCGUCUUCUCUUCACAAGGUCCCACGGGGCUCAACUGAUCUCACGAGCUAUAAGAGAAACACUCGGUAUUACCGGCUGUGGGGUAAACGAUAGGAAUGAUGUAGUAAUUAGAGAUGGGGAUAGGGAGUAUAAGGUCUCAGGAUCGGCAUACAAGAUCAUCCAACAUAGGGCGUAUCACCAUGGAACAAUGCUCAUUUCCUCUUCUCUGGCUGAGCUUGGCAAGUCAUUAAGAUCAAGUUCUCCAAAGAUGGAAACUAAGGGUAUCGCCUCAUAUCGCUCGCCGGUCACGACCCUGAACCAUUAUUUACCCCCGUGGCAAUCCAAGCACUUGCAUCAUGACGAUUUUGUACGUGCUGUCACUGCUGAGUUUGCCAAAACCUAUGCCGGCGAAGAGAAGCCCAUGACAACGUGCGAGGUCACGGAGUCUAUAAUCAAAGAUCAGAAAAUUUGGAACGGGUAUGAAGAGUUGAAAUCUUGGGAGUGGCAAUAUGGGCAAACACCAGAGUUUACCAACGAGUUGGAAGGCAACUUUUCUUUUGGUGAUCUUUCAAUUCCUAUCGCAGCUCGACAUGCCGUAAUCACGUCGAUGAGUAUUCACCUUACUCCUCCUCUCCAUUCCUCAACGGAAGAAACAUCUAUCAAGCAAGCAUACCUGGAUUCAUUGGCCUUAUCAUUGGUGGGUAGACGAUAUGAAAGCCUGGAAGGGUUUGAAGGCGCCAUGGGGGAAGAGUGGGAUGAUGAGCAUUGGAGGGAUCUGGGCAACGACAUUGUUUCUUGGUUGCGGAAGCACAUGUAAUAAUUAUUUAUAGGUAAUAUCGAAUGCAUAUUGGCGUUAUAAU